AUGGACAUGCUGGGAGCGGUCCACGACACCAAAAUGGAAGGCGACACGAACAGCGUGCUUACGAUUGUCCUCGCGCAGAGAGAUCGCCUGAAGCUGCGAGUGGGCGUUCUCGAAGAGGAGCUGAUGGCUGAAAAGACCAAACAGGCCGUGCUCGUGACGGAGAUCGAGAAAGUGCGCGACGACAACGUGAAGCUGUACGGAAAGAUCAAGUUCCUUCAAGGCUACGGUAACAAGUCUUCCGAGACGAGUGUCGCGCUACCAGAAGAGAGCAACUACAGUGCGCAGUACGAACGCCGUUUAGACCCGUUCCAACGUUUCGGACAGGCCGAAACACAGCGAGGAUACGCCCGCCUACCGAUACAUGACCGGGCGUCGUUGAGUAUU